UUUUGCCACAAGCUCGCAGCAGGUAUUCCGGGAAGCCCUACCCAGGCACGGCGGCGGGUGGAGGCAGCCUGGCCCACCGGUUGCCGAGUAGCUUACGGCUUGGUUUGGUGAAAACUCAGUCAGUUAGUAUUGCAAUGUGCUAACCGAUGGAGAAUGAUGAGCGUCGACAAGAACUUACUCCAAAACGCUAUCAACGUGACGUGCUUUCAAAGUGUGAGCUACACUAACUUUGUAUGCCUACUAAUCAACUAGCAACCUCGCAAAUCAUCGUGCAGUACAGGGACAGAUCGUAAUCAUCGCUGGAUUCGAGUGCAGCGUUGCAGUUUGCGAUUGCCUCUGUGUGAUAACGGAUACCGAUUCUAGUGAAACAAAACGUUUGAAGUGAAGUUUUUAGUAGUAGAACACCAGCGUUCCACAGAAGCUGUUUAACUCGGCUACUGAGCCUGUGCUAUAUCACCGAAAAAACCGUUUAAAAGUGCAUUCGUGGCGGAAAAGUGCAUAUGCGUGUAUGUGAUCGUCUGUUGACGAAGGUUGGACGGCUUGUUCUAGGUUCUAACAGUUUCGAUGUGUCAGUGCGAAACGAGCGGUCAUUUUCCAUGUUAAGUGUGCGACGAUUAGGUAACAGGUCAUACCGUAAUCCAAUGUGAGCUUGAACAAUAGCUACUGGUUUAGUAGUUGAACAAUAAUACGAGCUAACGUACAAAGGUGCCACAAAAAACCAAUGCACGGUAACUUUUUAUGUGUAAAAGUUGACGAGAGAAAUAUCAACAUAACUGAGUGUCUUGAUGUAGCCCUAGAAGAUUAUAAAGUAAUGGAGUAGGAUCCAGAUUAAAAAAUUGUACUUAAAAGUUUAAACGAAAAAAUGUUAGUUUAGUUAAUUAACAUCAUGUGCUCCAUUGAAAUGUGAACAAAACAACGUGUCAAAAUUGAACCAAACAUUGUGGAUAAAACCCUAAUCGAAUUAAGUCGUAAAGUGUUUCAUUUUUUCUACUGGUGUGUAUCAAAAGUUCGUCGAACGAAACUAAUGCAAUUUGGUGUCCUGAAAAGUGUUUCUGACCUUAUCGGAUUAGGUUGAUAUUACAUCCACGUUUGGACACUUAACUACAGGGAAAAGCACAAUGGGCAUGACCAAUCAGCAAAAUUUGACCAAUAAAUCUGGAGAAACGGCGGUAGGCACCGGUGGCAUGAAACAACAACAGCAACGACAACAAAAACAUACUGUUCACUGGUUCCGGAAAGGUCUUCGAUUGCACGAUAAUCCUGCCCUGCGCGAAGGUCUCAAGGAUGCCACAACGUUUCGGUGUGUGUUCAUCAUCGACCCGUGGUUUGCCGGCAGUUCCAACGUAGGCAUUAACAAGUGGAGAUUUCUGCUCCAAUGCCUGGAAGAUUUGGACCGCAGCCUGCGUAAGCUCAACUCUCGGCUUUUCGUGAUUCGCGGUCAGCCGGCCUACGCUCUGCCGAAACUGUUCAAAGAAUGGGGCACCACUUGUUUGACCUUCGAGAAGGACCCAGAACCGUUCGGAAAGGUUCGCGAUCACAGUAUUUCAGAAAUUUGCCGAGAGCUCGGCAUCGAAGUUAUUUCAGCCGUUUCACAUACACUGUAUGAACUCGAUGGGAUCAUCGAAAAAAAUGGCGGCCGGGCCCCACUCACCUACCAUCAGUUCCAAGCCUUAUUCGCAUCGAUGGAAGCCCCAUCCCAGCCGGAACAGGCAAUCACAAUGACAACAAUCGGUAACGGGACAACACCGCAGAGCAACGACCACGAUGAUAAGUUUGGCGUUCCAACACUGGAAGAGCUGGGCUUUGAAACCGAGGGUCUUAAACCGUCUAUUUGGGUGGGUGGAGAAACGGAAGCUCUGGCCCGACUUGAGCGUCACCUGGAACGUAAGGCUUGGGUGGCCUCAUUCGGACGACCUAAAAUGACUCCCCAGUCGUUAUUUGCUAGUCAAACAGGACUUUCGCCAUACCUGCGAUUUGGUUGCCUCAGUACGAGGCUGUUCUACUAUCAGCUAACAGAUUUGUACAAAAAGAUCAAAAAGGCCCGACCACCUCUGUCACUGCACGGUCAAUUGCUCUGGAGGGAAUUCUUUUACUGUGCGGCAACUGAAAAUCCUAAUUUUGAUAAAAUGAGUGGAAAUCCAAUCUGCGUGCAAAUCCCGUGGGACCACAACGCAGACGCUCUGGCAAAAUGGGCCAGUGGCCAAACGGGUUUCCCCUGGAUCGAUUCUAUUAUGACACAAUUGCGGGAGGAAGGAUGGAUACAUCACCUGGCUCGACAUGCGGUUGCCUGCUUUCUUACCCGUGGGGAUCUGUGGAUUUCCUGGGAGGAGGGGAUGAAAAUUUUCGAGGAAUUACUGUUGGAUGCCGACUGGUCCGUGAAUGCCGGGAUGUGGAUGUGGUUGUCGUGUUCAUCGUUCUUCCAGCAGUUUUUCCACUGCUACUGCCCGGUGAAGUUUGGUCGGAAGGCGGAUCCUAACGGAGACUACAUACGGCGUUAUUUGCCGGUGCUAAAGAAUUUCCCAACACGCUACAUCCACGAACCGUGGAAUGCUCCGGAGAGUGUCCAGCGAGCGGCUAAGUGCAUCAUCGGUAAAGACUAUCCCAUGCCCAUGGUGAAUCACGCGAUUGCCAGCCGGGCCAACAUGGAACGCAUCAAGCAGGUCUAUCAGCAGCUGGCCAAAUAUCGCAUUCCGACCAGUGACUACGAAAGCGAAUGUCCCGAGAAGGGAGGCUCGGAAAUAGCAGAUGCCAUGACCGCGGCCAAGGUACAACACAUGAACGUUAGUAGUUUGAAUGAUAGUCCUAGUCCGAACACUAUAAUGGCCAAUGUGAACCGCUCCGGAAACUAUUUGUGUCGAAGCAACCCGUCUGCACAAAGCGACUCCAACGCAAAAUUUAUCACCUAUCACCAGAACCGACCCUGCGUUGAGCCGCCUGCGCAACUGCAACAGCAAGUACCAACUUAUUUCCAGCAACAGGAGCAGCAGCAGCAACAACAACAACUACAGCAGCAGCAACAACAGCAGCAUUCAGAAGGUCAGCAAUCCCAAGUUGAUCAAUACAACCAUCAUCUGUCACAACGAAGUUCCGCAUAUGUUGUUAUUAAACCAGAUAACUCAAACAUGGGAGUUAGUAAUGACGAUCUGAUGAAUGCACAUUUUAGCACGCUGCAAGAUCAACUGAACACGAGUAUGAUCCCGUUAGGCGCUAGCGACAAGGUCGACACGAAAAACUUUGAGUACGAGCGCAACCAGGAAAAUGUUUACAACAGUCAGUUCAAAGUGGAGUACACGGACAACUUCGAUUCCGGCUAUGGUAUGAGAAAUGCAAAUUUCUACAACCGGGAUGGUGAUGAUGGUGCUGUCGACCAGUUUCAACAGCAGGACGAACAGUCGGCCCGGCUGAUUAAGAACUCUCCGGUUAGUAACUACCAGGAGGCAGCAGCCGUCGCGGAUAAAACUGAACAUUUUUGUGUCAAUGACUUUGGUACAGUGUCCAGCCUUCAGAUGCACCGUCACCUUCAUCCCAAUCAGCACCAGCAGCGGAGUGCGAUGGCAGACGAUUACCGUAGGCAACAGCAGCAGCACCAAGAGCAACAAAUGCAACAAUCGCCGGCAUUCAAUGGCGAGGAAAAUUAACAGCAGAUGAUUAUACUUAGCGUGCUGCUCUGAAAUGGGCGGUAGGAGAAAUUGAUUGCGGGAAAAGUGCGUGUAUAGGCUUUGAUUGAUCCCGUUUAAAGAAUGAGACAUGUUACGACAUAUUAGAAAUGAUGUUGCUACUUUCGGAAAUAAAACUAUUUUUCUUUCUAAGUA